AAAAAAGUCACCGCUUCCAAAACACUGACAAACAGAUCAGACUCAAUGGCGGCUAAGGCUUCGUUGAAGAUUAAAGGGAAAGGAGGAAAAGGAUCAAAGGAAUCAUCGUCAUCAAAGUACGAGGUCUUCAAGGAGUGGACCAACUGGUCGCUGAAGAAAGCAAAGGUCGCGACUCACUAUGGCUUCAUCCCUCUCAUCAUCAUCCUCGGCAUGAAGUCAGAUCCAAAUACUCACAUUUUCCAGCUUCUCAGCCCCGUCUAACCACUUGGCUUAGAAAAAAUCUUCCUAAUGUUUUAGUUGCUUUUGUUCUGUUUCUUUUUAUAAUAUAUAUAUGGAAUGGGUUCAAAGUUAGUUUUGUUCUUUGCAAAUCUACUGCGCUCUGAAACAAUAUAUCAAUAAAACAACAUUCAUGUUCAAA